UUAACAUAUUUGCUUCAUACACUUUCAUAAACUAUAAAUUGUUGAUGUUUGACUGCAAAAAUUUUAUGGAUAUAUUUUGUCGAUUGCUGUAAUUUUACCUUUGGUGGAUUCUAUGUUAAAUUUACUACAAGUGGAUAUGAAAUGGGCGUAUAUACUGCGAAAAUAAUAUGAAAAUUUUGGUUCUAGAAAGAGGUGAAAUUCGACGUGCAAUCGAUUUUAACAACGUCAACUUACUGUCAAGUUAUGAUUCGACAAACGAAGUAUUUUUUGGCAACUUGUUGUCUGAUAGCGCUUGGGGUGAUAAUAUAUCGCUUUUCAAGUCUUGGAAGCAACCUAUAUAUGAAUUCAAAGGUGAAAAUUUAUAGCUUUAAUCUUGGCAAGAAUGCUGUCACCAUAAAGCAAGACGGUCAAGUAGAGAAUGUUGAAUGGACAAAAGACUCGGCAAUAGAUGACAAUGAUAAUACUGUAAAGAAAUUACCUACUAAUAAAGAUACAACUGAUAUGAUAGCUAAACCAGACAAUAAUAGACCGCAUAGACCACAUAGAGUCGCCACUAAGACACCAACUGUAUAUCGAACAACAAAUAAAAUAACUACCGUUAAACCAACAACACGCAAAGCAACACAGAAGCCAGUGGUGACGUUACCACCAUUAACAAAAGCAGCUGCUACUAAAAAGGUGGUACUUUUGACAACAUUGAAAGCGCUCAUACCCGUGGUUAAUGUCAAGUCUGGUGACCUACCCCUGUGUUCACAUGAGGGAGAAAAUUUAGGUAAGGGUUCAUCAACAAUUAUUCCAUGGGGUUGGUCCCACUGAUCUUACAGACUAGCAUGCUAUGGGCACCAAAUAUUACCAUUUGCGAGCUUCCAUGAAGCGUGAAUUUGAAACUACGUUCCCUAAAGUUUGUCAAUUCAAAAUGUUUUGUUUUGCUCUUAAUACGUUUGUAUGUGAGGUAUGAAACAAUUAGCCUUUUCCUAAAAGAGAUCACAGUGCAUUCUGGGAUUGUUUGGAGGGACAAAAUAUAUGGUGACAGGCAUCAAAUAUGUGAAAGUAUCUGCUAUCAAAUAUCAACUUUUUAGACGACCAAAAAUGAAAUAUCUUCUUUUUACAUUAAACAUUUAAUUUAGGUGUGUGCUGCCAUAUUUCUUGUCCCUCCAACAUGGGAUUUGCGCGACUACACCCUGGACUUUGGGAAAUGGCUAAUUGUUUUACAUGCGAAACGUUUAGUUUGAAAUUCGAAACUACACUGCAUUUUGUAUAUAUCUGUAAAACUUGCAUUCAAUAUUUUUUCCUUUACUGGAGCUAUUUUGCCCAUGCUAUUUUGGGGCAUGGGAAUGUAAAAAUUUCACAUGCAAAGUAAGUGUAUUAGGAUGUCCAAAGGGGCUAGGGGGGGGGGGGGUUCACUUCCAAUUUCCUUUGUGGGAGUGGUAUGGAAUGACCCAAUAGAAAUUAAGUUGAAAUGUAAAUACGGUUGUUUUUUAGUCGGUCCUCUGAGGGUUGAUCAAAGUGUACCUGAAACUGAGGCGAAUAUUGAGGAUGUGUGGGAUGUGAAAGGUUGGGUUGAGAAAGGAGGGGCCUGGAGACCAACAAAAUGUCAGGCUAUUAGUAAGGUAUGUGAAGAAAUAGCCGACAACCAUGUCAAUAUAAUACUUUAUGCCAAACACUGUACAAUCUUACUACAGAAUAGAAGGCCCUCUAUACCCCCGUGCACGAAAAAAUCACAAAAUACUUGCAUACAAUUUGGUCGAAAUAUAAACAAAAUUCACAGAUUAAUAUAUAAGUGUCGUACAUCAUCAAGUACUUGCUAUUCCAGUGCAGAAAUGUUUGAGGCUCAACGUCUUGGUCACAAGACAGUUUCCUAUUCAAUCCUAAGAAAACUUUUCAUGCAAAAUGAAUGACUCACAAGUCAUGCUUAUUACCAUCCUUCAUUCACAGAUCAUGGUUAAAUCAAAACUUUCUUUUACACAUUAUUAAUAAAUUAAUAAAAUCAUCAAUCACAUACUUUCACAGCUAAAUAAAAUAACGGUUAAAAUGUGUGAAAAUCUAUUAAAAUUGAUACAUUUUAACAACAUUUAGUUCUCAAAAAUACCUAAAAUACAAUGCAUUUUUUGUAAGCACAUUUUGAAGUUAUGAAUUUUGCUUACAGGCAAUAUACCUCGCUAAUUAAUACACAUUCAACUAUAUUUAAUUAAUUUCAAUUUUAGGUCGCAAUUAUAAUCCCGUAUCGAAAACGUGAGCAACAGCUAAAGAUAUUUCUACGUCAUAUGCAUCCAAUGCUUAAACGUCAAUUGUUAGACUACAGGAUUAUGGUUAUUGAACAGG